UCAUCAUCAUCAUCAUGGCUGCCGCUGACCAAGGAACGCACGCCAGCUCAGUUCGUCCUCGUUCCUACCAAGACGAGAGCUAUCUGCCCGGGUUUCUUGGAGCUGUGGGUGACUUACAGAAGGAAGGGGAACUGCAGGAUGUCAUCCUUGAAGUCGAGGGCCGGCGGUUUCCCUGCCAUCGGCUUGUUCUGUCCGCGGCCAGCCCCUACUUCAGAGCCAUGUUUACAAGCGACAUGGCGGAAAGUCGGCAGAAGACGGUCGUUUUACAGGGUUUGGAUGCAGAAAUGUUUGGGGAGAUCCUGAGUUACACCUACUCGGGAACCCUCCACGUGUCCCUGGACAGUGUGCAGCCCCUGUACCAGGCAGCCGACCUUCUGCAGCUGGACUUUGUGAGAGACACCUGCAGCAGCUACAUGGCCAUGAACGUGGAGCACUCCACCUGUGUGGACCUGUACAAGUUUGCUGAUGUCUUCACGGUGGAUGUUCUUCUGAACCGUUGUCUGCAGUAUAUAUGUCAGCAUUUUGUGGAGGUUACCUCUAGUGAGGAGUUCUGCAGCCUGAGUGUGGAUCAGCUGACUGAGAUCAUCAGCCAUGAUGAGCUGGAUGUUAAAGAGGAGACAAGAGUGUGGGAGGCUGUGGUGAGAUGGGUGCAGCACAACAGUGAGGACAGACUGCAGCAUCUACCCAGCAUCCUCCCUCACAUCCGCUUCAACCUGCUGACCUCAGAGGACACGGCAGCCAUCUUGGAACAUCCCCUGGUCAGGGAGGAUCCUGGGAGUUCUGAAUCUGAGGUCAUCAGGAAUGCGGUACAGAGGAACCCCAACCUGAAGCCGAGGCUUGGGAUGACCACGGAAAUGGUUCUGCUGUCUGAUAGCCUUAACGGAAAAAAGAUGCUGUGGAUGAACCCAGGAGAAGGGAAGUACGUCAGGUGUGACUACAACCUACCAGUAUCUACAUAUAAUGGUGUGGUUACACACGGUAAUGAGAUCUAUGUCUUAGCUGCAGAUUCACACAACAUCUAUCUGUGUAAAUACAACCAUGUUGAGAACAAAUGGGAACAAAAGUCGACCGUGUCCGAAGGACCUAGAGAAAUGGGAAGUCUACCAAAUGACUACCUUAUGGAAAUCGAUGGACAUGAUCUUUUUUACCUUGUAACAUGGCCAGUGAUGGCAUUCAAGAAAUACAACCAGCACACAAAUGAGUGGCACAACUGUGCAACACCUCAAGAUGGUGAGCAGUUGGAUGUCACUUUUGCAGUGUCCUGCAAUCAGCGCAUCUACCUCUUCACACAUACAGAAAUGCAUUGGUACGACCCGAGGGAAGACCGGUGGUCCAAGAAAGCCCUAUCAGACUACGGUCCUGAAGUGCGAGUUGACUACAGUCGGGGAGUCGCCAUGGGAACAAAGAUCUUCUGGACGGAUGCUGGCUUCUUCAACAUGUUGGAGUACGAUACAGAAGCAGACAGCUGGUCUGAACAUCCAGCCCCAGGGUUUGAGGACAAUAUUGAAGAUGGAGAUCUCUUUGUACUCCAAAACACACUCCAUGCACUGGUCAACUAUUGCCCGAGUGAUGACGAGUCCAGCCUACCUCAACAGGUUUUAAUUUAUGACAGGCGUGAACGUAUUUGGAGAGAGUUGCCUGAGCUGCCUUUUGGGCGUAGGUGUGUUUAUGAUUCUCUGAACGCUGAACGUAUGUACCUACCAUAUCUGAACACCAGCCAAGCUGACACACAGGAUGCAGCAAACCCAGGGGGACCACCUGGUGAAUAGUUUUGGUAGUUCGCAAGCCAUCAGAGCAUGCGUGAGAACAUGCUAGAACGUCAUCGUUGAUUAGAUUAGGCAGACUUUGAUGACAUCUUUGUCUGAGUUGGUUUUAUAAUUCAUUUCCAUGAAUUAGACAAUAGGCACUGUGUUCAGGAGGGAAUAGUAGUCUCUCCAGACCUGAGCAUACCUGUUAUACUUGUAUUUAGUGUGCUUUCAGUGCAGGACUGUUCAAUCAAAGGAUAGAUAUCUCUGUGUUCUACAGUUUCCAGUUCUUGCUGAAUGUCCCACAUUGGAUACAUGUUUUUGCACCCAAACUAGCACUGUGGCUUUUAUUGAAAAGUGAUGCUUGCUUCUCAAAGUGACUAGAUACAUGUAGACACAUGAUCUUUGAGUUUGACCUCUCAAACAAACAAUCUCUUACCUCAUUACUUUGUUGUAUAUAGAAUAGGAUAGGUUAAGUUAGUAAUCAGUUACAGGUUGUUGUAUUUUAUGUCUAGCAAUAAGCA